GGGGGGGCAGUCGCAGCCCCAGAGAUGGCAGUGAGCGAGAGGAGGGGGCUCAGCGGCGAGAGCCCUACGCAGUGCCGAUGGGGAUACUUGUCGCUGCUGGUGCUGAUGCUGAGCGGCUGCUCAGGCCGUAUCCACCGGCUGACUCUCACAGGGGAGAAGCGAGCUGACAUCCAACUGAACAGCUUCGGAUUCUACACCAAUGGUUCCCUGGAAGUAGAGCUGAGCUUGCUGCGACUCGGCCUCCAGGAGACAGAAGAGAAGUCGCCGAAGGUGGGGUUCAGCUUGAGCAGAGCUCGGUCUGGCAGUGUUCGCUCCUACUCGAGCCGGAACUCCCAUGAAUGCCCUCUGGAUAGAAACAGCAGCAACUUUCUGGUCCUGUUCCUCAUCAAUAUCAAGGAACUGCAGGUCCAAGUCCGAAAAUAUGGGGAGCAGAAGUUGUUCAUCUCACCUGGCCUUCUCCCUGAUGCUCCCACCCAGUCAGGUCCCCCGAAACCAGACCCAGCAGGCGCCCCCAAGGACAACCGCGAGAAUCAGACAAAGCCUACAGUGCCCCAGGUUUCAGGGGGCAAAACUACCCCAGGGGGCCACAGGCCCUCAUCCGAGCGACAGCCACCCACACAGGACCACAGUGGGAAAGAGAAGGAUCUGGUGUUGGGGCUGGGCCACCUCAAUGACUCCUACAACUUCAGUUUCCACAUUGUGAUCAGCUCCAGGACUGAGGAAGGCCAGUACAGCCUCAACUUCCACAACUGUCACAACUCCAUCCCAGGCCAGGAGCAGCCGUUCGACCUCACUGUGAUGAUUCGGGAGAAGAAUCCAGAAGGCUUCUUGUCAGCAGCCGAAAUCCCCCUCUUCAAACUCUACCUGAUCAUGUCUGCCUGCUUUCUGGCCGCGGACAUCUUCUGGGUGUCUGUGCUCUGCAAGAACACAUACAGUGUCUUUAAGAUCCACUGGCUCAUGGCAGCCCUGGCGUUCACCAAGAGUGUCUCCCUACUCUUCCACAGCAUCAACUACUACUUCAUCAACAGCCAGGGCCACCCCAUCGAAGGCCUCGCCGUCAUGCACUAUAUCACACACCUGCUUAAGGGCGCCCUUCUCUUCAUCACCAUUGCCUUGAUUGGCUCAGGCUGGGCCUUCGUGAAGUAUAUGCUGUCGGACAAGGAGAAGAAGAUUUUUGGGAUUGUGAUUCCCCUGCAGGUCCUGGCUAAUGUAGCAUACAUUGUCAUCGAGUCCCGUGAGGAGGGUGCCAGCGACUAUGGACUCUGGAAGGAGAUCUUGUUCCUGGUGGAUCUCAUCUGCUGUGGUGCCAUCCUUUUCCCAGUGGUCUGGUCCAUUCGGCAUCUGCAGGAUGCAUCCGGCACUGAUGGGAAGGUGGCAGUGAACCUGGCCAGGCUGAAGCUGUUCCGACAUUACUACAUCAUGGUCAUCUGCUAUAUCUACUUUACGCGCAUCAUCGCCAUUCUGCUGCAAGUCGCAGUGCCCUUUCAGUGGCAGUGGCUGUACCAGCUCUUAGUGGAGAGUUCCACACUAGCCUUCUUCGUGCUCACCGGCUACAAGUUCCAGCCGGCUGGGGACAACCCAUACCUGCAGCUGCCCCAGGAGGAUGAGGAGGACGUACAGAUGGAGCAAGUGAUGACAGACUCUGGGUUUCGGGAAGGCCUGUCCAAAGUUAACAAGACAGCCAGUGGCCGGGAGCUGUUGUGACUUCCCUGUGUCCAGUGAGCCGCCCUCAGACCUCCUGCACCUCGCACUCCUACACUCGUCCCCAAGUGUGCAGGGAGUCAGAGGGGACACUGCGGACAAGGCAUCCAGGAGGUGGAUCCCCAAGGAGCCUUCAGAAAAGACGCCCUCUCCUCACCAGGGAGCAGUUCAACCUCUUGUGGUACAAGAAGGACCAGGCUCCUGACUUUGAGGGUUCUGAGUGUCUAAGGCAGGCUGCAUUUAUAUCUCGAACCCUGAAUUCUCAGUCCACGCGGUGGCACGUGCCUGUCAUCCUAUUGCUCUGGAGAGCCCAGGCUUCAUAAAACCUUGAUUAGUAAACAAAUAAAGAAAAAAGCAGAAUUCUCAGUGAGGGGAAGACCACCUGCUGAGCUAAAGCUGUGCUGAGCCCUGUGCUGCUGGGGACAGCAUGACCAAGUCCCCACUCCCAUCCCAACCCUUAAGGAUCCUUCAAGUCGCCAGACCCAGCUUGAGGGUCACACAGGAACUGACCCAGCCACAGAAAAGUCUGGAAGGUAAAAGGUGAUGCUGAACCAGUAUCCCCUGAAGAGGGCGCCACCGGGCUGUAGGAAUGGUGAAGUGUUUGCCAUGUCUUACCAAGACCGGAGCCUCUGUAAAGAUCUGUGUAAGCUGGUAAUCCUGGCACUGAGGAGAUGGAGGCGGCAGAUCCCUAGUCCUGGCCGCCCAGCCAGCUUAGCCUACUUCAUGCAGCCUAGGCAUUUAGAUUACACUGCCUCAGAACUAGGA